AUGCAGUCGGAGACACAGUGCCAGGCCUGUCCCAGGCAGGGAAGCCUCCCUCCUCCGGGCUGCUCCUGGCUGCAGGGGUGGCUUCCUUGUGAGGAGCCCAAUCCUGCCUCCUCUUCCUCCUCCUCUUGUGUAACUCGUGCUCUCUUUUCUGCAGAGGAAGAAAGGCACCUGCGCGCAAACAACCGGAUCUUCAACCUCCAGUUUGACUAUGCUAAAAACUCCAUCAAGACGGCCAAGUACAACUGCCUCACCUUCCUGCCUCUCAACCUCUUCGAGCAGUUCCAGCGCAUUGCCAACGCCUACUUCGUCUUCCUGCUCAUUUUACAGCUCAUCCCGCAGAUCUCCUCUCUUUCCUGGUUCACCACGGUGGCCCCCCUGGUCUUGGUGCUGGCUGUGUCUGCUGUGAAGGAUGCCAUCGACGACUUUAAUCGACACAAAAGCGACAAGCAGGUCAACAACCGCCCCGUGCAGGUGCUCCUCAAUGGCAGGUUGAAGGCGGAGCGCUGGCUGAACGUCGAAGUGGGGGACAUCAUCAAGCUGGAAAACAACGACUUCGUGACGGCUGACCUCCUCUUGCUGUCCAGCAGUGAACCCCACAGUCUGACCUACAUCGAGACGGCCGAAUUGGAUGGGGAAACAAAUCUGAAGGUGCGGCAAGCCCUGACGGUCACUGCCGAGAUGAGAGAGGACCUGCAGGCCCUGAGCAGCUUUGAGGGGGAAGUCCGAUGCGAAGCCCCCAACAACAAGCUGGACAAAUUUGUGGGGACCUUGACCAUCAAGGGGGAGAAGUUUGCUUUGGACAACGAGAAGCUGCUGCUCAGGGGAUGCACGAUCCGCAACACAGACUGGUGCUUUGGGCUGGUCCUCUUUGCUGGGCCGGACACGAAAUUAAUGCAGAACAGCGGCCGAAGCACCUUCAAGAGGACCAGCAUCGACCGGCUCAUGAACACCUUGGUGCUGCUGAUCUUUGCCUUCCUGACCGCCAUGUGUCUCAUCCUGGCGGUUGGCAACAGCAUCUGGGAGUGCAAGAAGGGCUUCUACUUCCAAGUGUACUUGCCAUGGCCGAAGGACAUCCACUCUGCGCCCUUCUCCGGCUUCCUCAUGUUCUGGUCCUACGUCAUCAUCCUCAACACGGUGGUCCCCAUUUCUCUCUAUAUCAGCGUAGAGAUCAUCCGUCUCGGGAACAGCUUCUACAUCGACUGGGAUCGGAAGAUGUACUACCCGCUGAAAGACACCCCCGCCCAGGCCCGCACCACCACCCUCAACGAGGAGCUGGGCCAGAUCAAGUACAUCUUCUCGGACAAAACCGGCACCCUGACGAGGAACAUCAUGGUCUUCAACAAAUGCUCCAUCAACGGGAAGUCCUACGGGGAUGUCUACGACACAGAGGGACAGCGGGUGGAGAUCACGGAGGCUACCCAAAAAGUUGACUUCUCCUACAACCCGCUGAUGGACAGCAAGUUUUCAUUCUACGAUUCAAGCCUGGUGGAGUCUGUGAAGAGGGGCGACCCGGCGACCCACAAGUUCUUCCGGCUGCUCUCCCUCUGCCACACGGUGAUGCCAGAAGAGAAGGAAGCAGGCACCCUGGUGUAUCAGGCCCAGUCUCCAGACGAAGGGGCCUUGGUGACGGCCGCCCGCAACUUUGGCUUUGUGUUCUGGGCCCGCACGCCUGAGACCAUCACUGUGGUGGAGAUGGGAGAAACGGUGGUCUACGAGGUGCUCGCCAUCUUGGACUUCGACAAUGUGCGCAAGAGGAUGUCCGUCAUUGUGCGGAGCCCCAAGGGGGAGCUGACCCUGUACUGCAAGGGGGCCGACACCAUUGUGUACAAUCUCCUGCAUCCUUCCUGCGGGCCCCUCAAGGAAGAGACCACAGAGCACCUGGAAGAGUUUGCUGGGGAGGGCCUGCGGACGCUGGUCGUGGCCUACAAAGACCUGGACGAGGCCACCUUCCGGGGCUGGCAGCAGCGCCAUCAUGAGGCCAGCACGGCCCUGGUGGAGCGAGAGGAGAGGCUGGUGCGGCUGUACGAAGAGAUCGAGACCAACUUGACGCUACUUGGGGCCACGGCCAUCGAGGACAAGCUGCAAGAUGGCGUCCCUCAGACAAUUGAGACCCUCGGCCAGGCUCAGAUCAAGAUCUGGGUGCUGACUGGAGACAAGCAAGAGACAGCGGUCAAUAUUGGUUACUCCUGCAACAUGCUCAGCGACGCCAUGGAGGACAUCUUCUUCAUCCAGGGCCAGAGCUCCGAAGAAGUGCGGCAGGAACUCAGGAAAGCCAGGAAGAAAAUGACGCCGGACACCUUUGUGGAGGACGACUGCAGCAGCACCGACGCCCAGAUCCAGAAACCUGGGAAGUCCCCAAUCUUGCCCGAGGAGCAGUCCAGCGGGGAGUACGGCAUGGUGAUCAAUGGCCACAGCCUGGCCUAUGCCCUGGAGGGGAAUCUGGAGCUGGAGCUGGUGAGGACAGCCUGCUUGUGCAAGACGGUCAUCUGCUGCCGUGUGACGCCCCUGCAGAAGGCCCAGGUGGUGGAGCUGGUGAAGAAGUACAAGAAGGCCGUGACCCUGGCCAUCGGGGACGGGGCCAACGACGUCAGCAUGAUCCGGGCGGCCCACAUUGGGGUCGGCAUCAGCGGCCAGGAGGGGAUGCAGGCCGUGCUCUCCAGCGACUUCGCCUUUGCCCAGUUCCGCUACCUGCAGCGACUGCUCCUGGUGCACGGGCGAUGGUCCUACAUCCGGAUGUGCAAGUUCCUCUCCUACUUCUUCUACAAGAACUUUGCCUUCACCCUGGUCCACUUCUGGUACGGGUUCUUCUCCGGGUUCUCGGCACAGACGGUCUAUGACGAGUGGUUCAUCACCCUCUACAACCUGGUGUACACCGCUCUGCCUGUGCUGGGAAUGAGCCUCUUCGACCAGGACGUGGAUGACCGCUGGAGCCUGCACUUCCCGCAGCUGUACACCCCCGGCCAGCAGAACCUCUACUUCAACAAGCUGGAGUUUGCCAAGUGCACGCUCUACAGCGUCUACAGCUCCCUGGUGCUUUUCUUUGUGCCCUAUGGGGCCUUGAGCAAUGCCGUGCGGAGCGACGGGAAGGCUGUGGCCGACUACCAGUCCUUCGCCCUCAUGGCUCAGACCUGCCUGCUGAUGGUGGUCUCUGUCCAGAUGGGGCUGGACACGGCCUACUGGACCGCGGUCAACCAGCUCUUCAUCUGGGGCAGCCUGGCCACCUACUUCGCCAUCACCUUCACCAUGUACAGCGACGGCAGCUACCUGGUCUUCACCGCCGCCUUCCCGUUCAUCGGCACGGCCCGGAACACUUUGAACCAGCCCAACGUCUGGCUGGGCAUCUUCCUCUGCGUCACCCUUUGCGUCCUCCCCGUGGUCGGCUUCCGCUUCGUGAAGAUGCAGCUCAGGCCGACCGUCAGUGACAAGGUCCUGUCCAAGGUCCGGGAGCUGCAGAAGAGGCCGCCGGUGCCCUUGCCCAAGCGACAGCUGCAGCGCUCCAUCUCCCGGCGCUCCGGCUACGCCUUCUCCCACCAGCACGGCUUCGGGGCCCUCAUCACCUCUGGACGGAACAUGCGCCCCAAGUCCCCCUUUGGCAUCAUGGGUUCCUUCUCGCCCAACACCGAGAAGCACAAGAACUAG